GUAUAGUCGUACACAGAAGAAGCCUUCUUCGGCAACAAGAAAUCCCAGCUUUAUAGAACCAGGGCUUGUCUCCGGCAUUCUCCAAGAACUCCCAUUUCAGAACCUCUUCUCGAUUCCCCACUUCCUCUUUCCAAGACGACAUGGGAGAUAGCCAGUACUCCUUUUCUCUCACCACUUUCAGUCCUUCGGGAAAGCUUGUGCAGAUCGAGCACGCCUUGACAGCGGUUGGAUCUGGUCAGACAUCACUCGGUAUCAAAGCUGCCAAUGGUGUUGUCAUCGCAACUGAAAAGAAACUGCCUUCUAUCUUGGUUGAUGAAACGUCUGUUCAAAAGAUCCAGUCUCUGACACCAAAUAUUGGAGUUGUUUACAGUGGCAUGGGUCCCGAUUUUAGAGUUCUGGUCAGAAAAAGUAGGAAGCAGGCAGAGCAAUACCAUAGACUGUACAAGGAACCAAUUCCAGUCACUCAACUUGUGAGGGAAACAGCAGCUGUAAUGCAGGAGUUCACCCAAUCUGGAGGUGUAAGGCCCUUUGGAGUAUCUCUUUUGGUUGCAGGGUUUGAUGACAAUGGUCCUCAAUUAUACCAGGUGGACCCAUCCGGUUCAUAUUUCUCUUGGAAGGCCUCUGCAAUGGGGAAGAAUGUUUCUAACGCCAAAACCUUUCUAGAAAAAAGGUAUACUGAUGAUAUGGAGCUUGAUGAUGCUGUGCACACUGCUAUCUUAACCUUGAAAGAGGGAUUUGAAGGACAGAUCUCAGGCAAAAACAUUGAAAUUGGAAUAAUUGGCACGGAUAAGAAAUUCAGAGUACUAACCCCUGCUGAGAUUGAUGAUUAUUUGGCUGAAGUAGAGUAAGCAAUAUGAUGCUUGUGUGCAAAGUGAAGUUAUUUUAAAGACAAAUGUGAGUGUUUAAUUUUGAAGUGAAGUGGCUGCCUGUAAAACUUGAUGAUAAUGCCUGGAACUGCCAUUCCAUUCCCAAAAUUAUGAACAAAAACUGUUGGCUCCUUCUAUGAACAUGUUAGGUUACCCAAUUCCCACACCAUUAUAUGUUGGUUAAGGAAUUAUGUAUUAUUGGAUAUUUUAGAUGCCGUGGGUUUUAAGUCAAUUGUUGGAAUUUCUGCAGUGA